CGGAACCGGGAGCGCUUCUGGGUUGCGUCGAACUCGCCUCCCAGCGGUGAGUUUUGAGAUGGUGACGCUCGCCCGGGCCUGCAGAGGCGCCGCGGACCGGCCCGCGCGGGGGCGCCGGAGCACCGCCCUAAAGCCUUCCCUCCGCCCGCCGGAAGCGCUCUCCUGACCCUGCGCGCCGCGGGAAGAUGGCGCUGGAAGCUGGUGACAUGGAAGAGGGGCAGCUUUCCGACUCGGAUUCCGACAUGACGGUCGUACCCAGCGACCGGCCUCUGCAAAUGGCGAAAGUCCUAGGUGGGGGCAGUGCUGCGUGCGCACCAGUGGCACAUUAUCGGACUGUUAAACACGUGGACUCCAGUGAGGAGAGUCUAGAUUCCGAUGACGAUUGCUCUCUUUGGAAACGUAAGCGACAGAAAUGUCAUAACACCCCUCCCAAGCCAGAGCCUUUCCCAUUUGGACAGAGUGGUCAGAAAACAGCUCUCAACGGUGGAAAGAAGGUGAACAACAUCUGGGGUGCUGUGCUACAGGAACAGAAUCAAGACGCAGUGGCCACUGAACUUGGCAUCUUGGGAAUGGAAGGCACCCUCGACAGAAGCAGGCAGUCUGAGACCUAUAAUUAUUUGCUUGCUAAGAAACUUGCUAAGAAGGAAUCUCAAGAGUAUACAAAAGAAUUAGACAAAGAUCUAGAUGAAUAUAUGCAUGGUGACAAAAAACCAGGGUCAAAGGAAGAGGAAGAGAAUGGGCAAGGCCAUCUCAAACGGAAGCGGCCUGUCCGAGACAGACUGGGUAACAGAGUAGAGAUGAACUACAAAGGCCGCUACGAGAUCACAGAGGAGGAUUCUCCCGAGAAAGUGGCUGAUGAGAUUGCCUUCAGGUUACAGGAGCCGAAGAAGGACCUGAUAGCCCGAGCAGUGAGGAUACUUGGGAACAAAAAGGCCAUUGAACUGCUGAUGGAGACAGCUGAAGUUGAGCAAAAUGGUGGUCUUUUUAUAAUGAACGGUAGCCGAAGAAGAACACCCGGUGGAGUUUUUCUGAAUCUCCUGAAGAACACGCCCAGCAUCAGCGAAGAGCAGAUUAAGGACAUUUUCUACAUUGAAAACCAAAAGGAAUAUGAAAAUAAAAAGGCUGCUAGAAAAAGAAGAACACAACUAUUGGGGAAGAAAAUGAAGCAAGCUAUUAAAAGUCUGAAUUUCCAGGAGGAUGAUGACACAUCACGAGAAACAUUUGCAAGUGACACUAACGAGGCCCUGGCCUCUCUGGACGAAGCCCAGGAAGGACCAGGCGAGACCAAGCUGGAUGCCGAGGAGGCCAUCGAGGUUGACCAUCCUCAGGACCUGGACAUCUUCUAAGCACGUUUCGAAGAAUAAACCUUUGUUUAAAAACAGUUGUUACCAUUUCUACUGAGGUCGCUGUACUGUGCACUGAAACUGGAGAAAGGAGCGCCGUUUCUGUCCUCUGAGGUAGUAAUGUGUGUGGGCAGUCGGAUGCUUCGGCAGCAGCGUGGACGGACAGCCCGGGUUCGUUUCUCAUUCUGCUGCAUGUGCUGACUGUAGCCUAGGUGGAGCUGGGACCGCUCUGUCCAGCUCACUGUUUCAUGCCAUUAAGAUACUUUGGUUUUCUGAUUCAUGUUUGUGGGGAACUAUGCUUUGGUUUUAACACAUUCCAUUAAAAUAACCUGCAAUAUGUA